AUGAUCUCCUUGCUUCUCAUUUUCUAUGUCGGGCUGGCCUCAACGGUUGUCCACUCGCGCGCCGCAAGUGAAGCAACCACAACAACCACUGCUCUAGACGCCUGGCUUGCCACGGAAACUGGAUACUCGCUGCAGGCUAUACAGAACAACAUCGGGUCAACCGGGAUCUGGGCAGAAAGUGCCAAGAGCGGUGUUAUCAUUGCUUCACCCAGCACUGACAAUCCAGAUUAUUACUAUACCUGGACCCGGGAUGCAGCGUUGACUGCCAAAGUACUAAUCGACCUUUUCCGCAAUGGCGAAACUUCCUUGCAGGGUGUUAUUGAAGAAUACGUCGACUCCCAGGCCUACAUACAAACUGUUUCGAACCCCUCCGGAAGCCUCUCUAAUGGCGGGUUAGGACUUGCUGAGCCAAAGUUCAAUGUCGAUGAGACAGCGUACACGUCAGCAUGGGGACGGCCGCAGAGGGAUGGCCCUGCGUUGAGGGCUACGGCUUUGAUCGAUUUCGGCGGCUGGUUAAUCAAUAAUGGCUAUUCGGAGUAUGCUUCGGAAAUACUAUGGCCCAUUGUGCGGAAUGAUCUGUCCUACGUGGCAGAAUACUGGAACCAAACCGGCUACGAUCUCUGGGAAGAAGUAGAUGGCUCCUCCUUCUUCACAAUUGCGGUUCAGCACCGUGCCCUCGUGGAGGGAGCGACCUUUGCUUCUGCCGUCGGUUCCUCCUGCCCCUACUGCGAGAGCCAAGCGCCCGAGAUAUUGUGUUUCCUGCAAUCAUUCUGGCUAGGCGAUUACAUUCUAGCCAACUUUGACUCAAGCCGAUCUGGGAAAGAUGCGAAUACACUUCUUGGAACAAUACAUACUUUCGAUCCUGAUGCUGCCUGCGACGAGUCGACGUUUCAGCCCUGCAGUUCGAGAGCAUUAGCUAACCAUAAAGUUGUGGUGGACUCAUUUAGAGAUAUUUAUGCCAUCAACGAUGAUGCUGCGGAAGGCACCGCCGCUGCCGUGGGGAGAUACCCCGAGGAUUCGUAUUACAACGGGAAUCCGUGGUUUCUGUGUACGCUGGCUGCAGCCGAAUUGCUUUAUGAUGCGGUGUACCAGUGGAAUCAACAGGGAAGUAUCACCAUCGACUCUACCUCGCUGGCCUUUUUCGAAGACGUAUUUAGUGGGGCUGCGACUGGAACAUAUUCUUCUUCCACGUCGGAGUUCGUGGAUAUUGUUGACGCUGUUACCACCUACGCUGAUGGUUUCUUGAAUAUCGUGAAAUCGCAUGCAGCAACCAACGGUUCUAUGGCUGAAGAAUUCAGCAGAGACGACGGCUUACAACUCUCUGCCCGGGAUUUGACGUGGUCCUACGCUGCGUUGCUAACAGCCAACAACGCCCGCAAUGCAAUCAUGCCUCCGUCCUGGGGUGAGACAAGCGCAAGCUCGGUGCCGGCAACGUGUGCGGCUACGUCAGCUACUGGAACUUAUUCCACUGCGACGGAUACGGCGUGGCCAGCUACUCUCACCGGGGGCACUGGCACUGUCACAACCAGUACGGCUGCAGCAACAACUACUGGCACUACUAGUACAACGAGUACAACGAGUACAACAUCCACUUCAUCAACUGCCUGUGCUACCCCUACAUCUGUAGCAGUGACAUUCGACCUAAUUGCAACAACAGUCUACGGACAAAACAUGUUCUUAUCUGGUUCAAUCAGUGAACUGGGAGAGUGGGACACCUCCGACGCCGUGGCGUUGAGUGCAUCAGAUUAUACUGAUGAAGAUCAUUUAUGGUUUGUUACCGUGAAUUUGCCAGCAGGGGAAUCUUUCGAGUACAAGUAUAUUCUGGUGGAAAGUGACGGGGAUGUUGUUUGGGCAGAUGGUGACAACGAGAGUUAUACGGUGCCGACGGGUUGUGGAGUGAGUACAGCCACGGUGGACGACACAUGGGAUUCCUAG